CCCUUUACACCCCCAGCUUUGCCAUUAUAAAUACUGCCCCGAAUGCUUUCGUCUUUUCUCUUCUCUACUUCAACAUCCACAACUACCCCUGUCGAACACCCACACACCCACACACCCACACACCCACACACCCACACACCCACACACCCACACACGCACAGACCCACACACGCACAGACGCACCCACACACCACCGCCCCACCGCUCCGUUGCACAUCUUUUCAAAGUCCGAACAAGAUGUCCGCCCCUGGUCCUGCUAGUGAGCCGGAUAUGAGCCUGGAGAAAGUGCGAGAAGUCUUGCAGGGGAUGUCCUUGGACCGAGACCUGGAUCAGACAACCAAGGACUUUUUCAAGUUGAUGAUCAUUCACUUCGGCCGGCCAUUUUGGCAACAGCACGGGGAUCUAAUGCUGGCCAAGGCAAUAGGGCGGUACUGCCAGUACAUGGUAAAGUUCCCUUCACUUCCACAGUCCAAGCUCAUCAUUUGUGCAAUAGCCUCCUCCAGGCUUGUUCUCUCAAAGACUCACCGCCGCUAUCCUAGCUAGCAGGCAAGACAGAGAAAGAGAAGAGGAAGAAGAAAAUAAGUCUUCGAAGGGGCGCUCAGCUUAGCCGUCUUGCUCCGCAUGAGGCCAGACGAGUGUACUGUUUCGACAGAGAGAUAGAAAUGUAGUGGUCUGAGCCUGAUAUAUGAGUGCAUGUGUAUUGAGUUUGCCUUUCAUUCAGAGACGUAGUAUGCAGUGAAACGUCAUGGUGUCACUGGCAACGCCAG